UACAUGCCAAUUUAUGCCGUCAAAUAUAUUUUUACAAAAGUGAUUUGCGAAUUUGACAAUUUUGUCCCAGUAUGCUUGCUGUAGCAGUCAUUGGAGGCAUGCUAAAGCCGGAGCGAAAAUAGAAAUCGUUGUCACGGUCAACAGCUGCUUUCCUUUUCCUGAAUGGCUUUACUACACGCAGGUCUGCUUGCACUAAGAGCUGCCAGAUGCCACCUGUGUCCACUUUCAACAUCAAAAUCAUGGCUUUCCACCAAAGCUAGCCCACUGGGGGACACAAACAUCCUCCUCAUGGGCCCGCCUGGAGCAGGAAAGACCACGGUUGCAAAGAUAGUGGCUCAUAAACUGGGAAUUCCUGUCAUUGACAUUGACAACGACGUCUUGGAGACGACGUGGAAGAUGCCCGUUGCAGCUAAACUAGCAACAGUAGGUGGACAGCGUUUUUUAGAGGAAGAAGGUCAGGCUUUGUGUGGCUUCUCAGCAUCCGGGUGUGUUGUGUCACUGACGGGUUCUAACCCUCUCCACCCUGAGGCAAUGCAGCAUGUCACACAGAGCGGACUCGUCAUUUACCUUGACGUGGACAGUGACGAUAUAAUUCAGAGACUCGACAGGAUGAAGGUGAACAGGAUUGUGGGUCAAGCAGCAGGAGUGUCCAUUAGAGACAUUUUGCUUUACAGGAAGCAGUUUUAUGAAAAGUGGCUUGACUUGCGGGUGUUUUGUGGAAGAGGAGACACGGUGGAGGAAGUGGUGGAGAAGGUGCUGCUGGCUGUGGAGCGAUAUCAGAAACGGGAUGAGGAAACGUACGUGUCUACUAGGUGUGAUGGCGCAGAGCUGGACGGACACAAAACAUAUUUCACUAAUGUGGUGGUGGAAGGCCUGGCUGCUGAUGGUGGCCUGUAUGUUCCUAAAAAAGGCUUUCCCAAGAUUAGUAAAAAGGAAUGGCUCAGAUUGGUUUCAAUGACAUAUCCAGAGCGAGCUUUAGUUUUACUAGAAAAGUGCAUCCACCCGUUGGACAUCUCUGCUUCUGAUCUCAGAACAAUGAUACUGAAAGCGUACGGGUCUAACUUUUCUAGUGAGAGAGUUGCGCCUGUCAAACAUCUCAUCCACAAUCAGUAUGUUCUGGAGCUUUUUCACGGCCCUACUGCCUCAUUCAAGGACUUGGCCUUACAGUUAAUGCCUCAAAUCUUUGCUCACUGCCUCCCACCAAUGUGCAACUUCCUCACACUGGUUGCCACGUCAGGAGACACCGGCAGUGCUGUGCUGAGCGGCUUCUGUCAACUUACUGGCGCCGAUAGACACCGGACCGGCGUGUUGGUGUUUUUCCCAGAAGACGGAGUCAGUGAGAUCCAGAAGCUGCAGAUGAUGAGCCACAAGGCAGGGAACGCCAAGGUAGUUGGGGUGCUGUCAGACUUUGAUUUCUGUCAGAAGGCCAUUAAGAGAAUGUUUGGAGAAUCGGGGCUAACCGGAAGUCUUGCUGUGGAGUACGGGACUGUCCUCAGCACCGCCAACUCCAUCAACUGGGCUCGGCUAUUACCACAGGUCGUUUAUCAUGCCUCUGCCUAUCUGGACCUGUGUAGAGAUGGCGUGAUCGGGUUCGGAGAGCCUGUUGACGUUUGUAUUCCUGCAGGUAACUUCGGUAACUCCAUGUCAGCUGUGUACGCCAAGCAAAUGGGCGUCCCGAUAAGAAGAGUCAUCUCCGCGUCCAAUCACAACCGGAUCAUCUCAGAUUUUCUCACCACAGGCGAGUACGAUCUGCGUGGACGGCCUCUGCUGCCGUCGCACUCGCCGGCGAUAGAUAUCCUGAGGUCCUCCAACCUUGAGAGGUUUAUCCACCAUGUCUCCGACGGAAGCAACCGUCUCGUCAAAGAGCUUUUCACGUUCUUAGACACACAGAAGCAUUUUCAGCUUCCUAAGCAUCUCCUUGGCAGAAUGCAACAGGAAGUGCAGGCUGGCUGGUGUUCUGAGGGGGACUGCUUGGCCGCCAUUCAUGACGUUUGCACACAGACAGGCUACCUCAUGGAUACACAUACCGCCGUGGCUAAAGUCGUGGCCGAUCGGCUGCUAGACGGCUCGUGCCCCAUGGUGCUUUGUUCCACUGCUCAUUACGGGAAGUUUGCUCCUGCGGUGUUCAAAGCUUUACAAAUCCGAGAUAUUCCCCAGGAUCCAGUGGAGCAACUGAAGAAGCUGGAAAUCAGUGCAUCCAGACCCGGAGUGCAUGCAGAGAUGGAGAAGUGCCUGAGGGAUGGAGGCAGGAGGGGGCACUCAGUGUGCCAGGCAGAUUACAGCGUGCUGGUGGAAGAGGUGGAGAGCAUGAUUCAGGACUCAUUUCUCAAAGUUGUGUAAAAUCAUUCCUGCUUUUAUAAACAUUAGCCUUACACACAUUAACUUCAGAGCUUAUUUUAAAUGUUUUGGUUUUGUUAAUGAAGAAUCAUUGUGAGAAAUGUAAGUGCUUAUUGUUGAAUAAUUGCAGCUUUAAUAAAACGUCAGGUGGUUUUAUUCCUCA